CUUCGCUCUGUGUUUCCAGGCAAGGGCUGGGGAAUAAAAAGGCCGGAGGGCUGUGAUUGUAGUAGAGCCGCUGCAGUGAGCGCCGGCCGUCUCUGCUCAGACGGACACAUGUGAGGAUACCAGACGCACACCCCCUCUCUCCGCAGACGCCAGCCUCAGGUGGAAUUCUCAAAAUGAAGCCGCACUUCCUGAUCCUUAGCCUUUUGGUGUCCGCGUUUGUUGUGUCUGUAAGAAGUAAACCUCAUGGCAAACAUCACAUUUCAUCCAAGACCUCAGUGAGUCUUCAAGAGAAGGAGGGUGACCCAGAGGCAUCCAAUGAGGAGCCAGUGCUUCCGACGUCCAUCACAUUUGAGGCCAGCAGUCUGGAGCAGGAGGACGCAGAUGCCAACUACGAGGAUAGCGACGGGCCUACCAAAGAGGUUUUUGGGGCGUCUGAGCAGGACGAGAAGAGCGCCCCAGUUCUGCUGAGCGAGCAAGCCCUGGCCGACCUGCUAGAGGAGUCCGAGGAGGAGGACCAAUCAGAGGAGGCUCGGGAAGAGCAGGAGCAGGAGGAGAAGGCUGUGAUGGAUGAGGGUAGUGAGGACAGUGACAUGCAGGAGAGCAACACCAGCACGGAGUCAGAGAUCCCGACUGACAUGGACUACGCAGGGGACAACGAUGGCCAGGACCAAAUGGAGGAGGAGGUAAAGCCCCUCACCGAUGAGAGCUCAGACCUCCUGCCCGCCGACGGCAACCAGGCUGGCGACGAGAUCCCGGAGAGCAGCGACUAUGAGUCGCAGGAGGAAAGCAAGGAGGAGGACGCGGGAAGCCGAGAGGAGAGAGACCAGGAGCCGCUCGCAGAGGGCAAAGGUCAGGGGGAAAUGGUCGAGGCCAGCCAAGGAGAGAAUGAAAAAGGAGGGGCCGAUGAUGUACAGGAGGCCAAAAACAGUGUGGAGCUGGGGGGCGAUGUUGGAGACACAGAGGAGGAGGGUGGCGGCCAGGGCAAGGGCAAAACCAGGAAGCAGAAGAAAAUUCAGCGAGUGAACAAGGCCCCUGAGGCCAGCGAUGAAACCCGGGCUGACGAGGGCCAAGUGCACCUUCAGAAGAGCGACCCGGAGAAAGACACCGACUCUGCAGACAACACCGUCCACAAGUCCAGAAAGAGGAAGACUGGGAAAUGGGCCCCUCUGGUGGGCAUGAACCCCGUGCAGAUCAGGGCCACAGAGGAGCUGUACCCCCGAGACAGCCCCCCCCAGGACGAGGGGACGCAGGAAACGCCUGCCAAUCCCUGUGAGAAUUUUCGGUGCAAGCGCGGAAAAGCGUGCAGAGUGAAUGAGGAGAACCAGCCGGAGUGCGUGUGCCAGGACCCGGCCACCUGCGUCCACAGUGUGACUGACACAGAGCAUGUGUGUGGGACGGACAAUAAAACGUAUGACACCUCCUGUGAGCUCUUUGCGACAAAGUGCAACCUUGAGGGAACCAAGCGUGGCCACCGACUGCACCUGGACUACACAGGACCUUGCAAAUACAUCGCCCCCUGCCUCGAUGGAGAGCUGGUGCAGUUUCCCCUGCGCAUGCGGGAUUGGCUGAAGAAUGUUCUGCUGCAGCUUUACGAGAAUGACAGCCCCGCCCACGGCUUCCUCACACCCAAGCAGCGAAUCAGAGUUCAGAAGAUCUACGAGAGCGAGCGUCGCCUCCACCCUGGGGACCACCCCAUCGAGAUGCUGGCGCGAGACUUCGAGAAGAACUACAACAUGUACAUCUACCCCGUGCACUGGCAGUUCACACAGAUGGACCAGCAUCCAGCGGACAGGUUCCUGUCUCACUCGGAGCUGGCUCCGCUUAGGGUACCCCUGGUACCCAUGGAGCACUGCACGUCCCGAUUCUUCCAGGAGUGUGACGGCGACAAGGACAAGCAGGUCUCCUUCAGGGAGUGGGCCCACUGCUUCGGCAUCAAGGACGAGGACAUGGAUUUGAACUUACUGUUCUAAAUUCAUACAGCAGCAUCUGACCGCCCCUGAUAUUUGACUGCAUUACUCAGCACUGAGGAGAGAGAAAUCUAAAAUGUGAGGCAGAGAGGAAUUGAGUGUGUAUAUGUUGAUUAAUCUCAUUGUGUGUAUUACGAAAACAGGAAAUAUCGAUGGUGGAAUAUGUUGUGUUGUACUGGAACAGGUGAUGGUAUCCAAACUAUAAAUAUGUGGAUGUUCUACGAUUUGCAGCUGCAUGAUGAAAAAAAAUGUAUAUGUGUAGGCUAUGAGCACAAACAAUAGACUGUAAUUAACCCUUAUAACAAUGUCAAAGUUGCUGUUUAAAGCUUCACUCCCUAAAGUUGUUUAAAAGAUCUCACAGUGAAGAACAUGUCAGUUGGUGCUACUACACAUUUUUUUUAAGAAGAACAAGCAACAAUUUAAAAUGCAAAGACAGAACACUUCUUGGGACAUUUGUAUUCAAAUACUGAGUGAAAAUGAUUAGGGUUCUUUCGCUGUAGAAUAAAUAAAAUAUAUUA